AGAUCAGUUGUUUUACCCUACAAUAUAAUGGAAAUACUUAUUAUUGGAAAAUGUACACAGUAUGAUGAUGUGCGUUACUUAUGACUGUAAUUAUCAAUUUACGACAACUAGAGGGUACUUGACCUCUAAAGGUCGUAACACUGAAGAACGUUUAGUUUUUAAAUUCCACAAUAUAUUCUGCGCAAUUAUAAGUCUAUAACUGUCGUAUUUUAACAUUGCCGUAACAUACAUCUACCUCACUGAAAAGUUUGCAAAAUAGGCACCUUCAAAAAUCUUCAAGAAAGUAUUUUCUCAGAAUCUGAUAAAGGCAGUAGUGUAUACAUCACCUUUAAUUAAAUAAUGGGUCAUUCGGAUGAUGCUUCGCUAAAUUUACCUAACGUGUACAAUAAAUUCAAAGCUUGCACAAACGGCGAUAACGUUCUGCUCCCUGAGUAUUGUGAAGCAUAUACGGAGGUUUCCAAACUUCUCGUAUACUUUGGAAAUCUUUUUUAUUUCGUGACCAGUGAUGUCAAUCACAAAGUUUCGGAACUCCGUGACUUGUAUGCGGCAGAUAAAAUUAAUUAUAAAUCUGUCGAACAAAUGGUUCUUUAUGAGGAAAAGCAGAAUGAACACCUUCCAGUUAAAAAGCGGAGAUGCGUCGGGUCCCGAACACUUCUUCGACUCCAUCGGGCUCUUCUCUUUGUGAUUGAUUUAAUGCAAGAUGUUUGCAGAGCGCCACCGGAUGAACAGUUGAAGGCUAUUGCUCGAUCAGCGUACGACAAAACCCUCGCUCAAUAUCAUCCAUGGCCUAUUAGGAAAGCUGUUGGAGUUGCUGUUUAUGCUCUUCCUACACGGGAACAUUUGGUUCAUCAUAUCGUCCAAUCUCAACCCCCUGAGAGUGGUUUGCUUACAAAUGAACAAUGUGCAGAGUUUCUCACUUCACAUGCUUUACCUGUAAUGCGCAAGGUAUAUAACUGUAUUCAAGCUAUUUUCGAGAAACACGAUAUGCUAAAUUUACCAUAGUUAUCUCGAUGUAUACUAUUUCAGAACUUAGUAUUUUUGUACUUCAAAAACAAUACUCAAAAAGAUAAGUCUUCCUUAAAUAAAUAAAAAUAAUUUUCGUAAGUAGAAAUUAUUUUGCUUUCGUUUUAUGUUAUAUUUCUAUAUUCUUAAUUUACGAUACUAUGUAGUUUCCAAUAACAGCAUAUUAGUCUUUAUAAAUUGGUUAAUUAUAACACAUCCUCACACAUUUAAAAACCUCCAUCAUUUUUGUGAUGUUUAAACGUUGAUUCACAUACCUUAUUUACAUUUUCAGCAGAUUCUGGUUUGUUCUCUAGUUAUUUUUCUUCAAAAUAUCUAAAACUACCUAGAAACAAAUUCUGUUUUUCACUUAAUUGUAUUUAUUGUAUCAUAAGUACAACUGUAGCAAAGCAGACAA